CGAGCCAGCCAUUGUGCUCGUUCGCGGAGUAGAGGGGGAGCGCGACAGAUGAACGGAUCGGCGCAGCUGCGGCGGCCCAAAUAAAAGAGCGCCGACAUACGUGUCCCGACACCAUUCAGUCUACAUCCGUACACCGAAUAGCAUUGUCGCCAUGGCUCCUAAAGCAAGCGGAAAGGCAGUCAAGAAAGCCGGCAAGGCCGUUAAAAACAUCACCAAGGGUGACAAGAAGAAGCACAAGAAGAGGAGGAAGGAGAGCUACGCCAUCUACAUCUACAAGGUGCUGAAGCAGGUCCAUCCCGACACCGGAGUCUCCAGCAAGGCCAUGAGUAUCAUGAACAGCUUUGUAAACGACAUCUUCGAGCGCAUCGCCGCCGAGGCUUCGCGUCUGGCCCAUUACAACAAGAGAUCGACAAUCACCUCCCGGGAGAUUCAGACGGCCGUUCGGCUUCUGCUCCCCGGUGAACUGGCCAAGCACGCUGUCAGUGAAGGCACCAAAGCCGUCACCAAGUACACCAGCUCCAAGUAAAUUGGAAACGAUGCUCAUUUGACAAUUUAAAUAAUCGGCCCUUUUCAGGGCCAUCAUAAUAUUAUAACGUAUAGGCAAAUUAUUAGUAAUUCUUUUAAGUUAAAAAAUUUACUCCAUCAAAUAGCUGCUUGUAUAAAAUUCAAUUGACUUUCAUGAUCAGACUGGUAUAAAAAAUACAAUGAAUUUAACCAGCGAUAGUUGGUAAACGAGGAAAUCGAAUUUUUUAGGCUAUGGAAUAUUUGAAUCCAAUUUUAUAACUUCUAGAUUAGCGCAAAAUUGUCAAGAAAUCGCUGACGCAUAUUUUUAAAAUAGGCGAAUUCUAACCUUAAAUGUAGACGUUCAAAUAUUUUUGUUAAAAAAAUUAGAAUAGAUUAUUUAAAUGAUAAGUAUAUUCCAACGUAUAAAAACUUGUUGGCCCUGAAAAGGGCCGAUUGGUUUGAGUUAUGAAAAAAUGGUCAAUGAUUUAACCGCCAAAUCCGUAGAGGGUUCGGCCUUGUCUCUUCAGAGCGUAGACAACAUCCAUGGCGGUGACUGUCUUCCUCUUGGCGUGCUCGGUGUAAGUGACAGCGUCACGGAUCACGUUCUCAAGGAAGACCUUGAGGACUCCGCGGGUUUCCUCGUAGAUGAGUCCGGAGAUACGCUUAACACCACCACGUCUGGCCAGACGGCGGAUGGCGGGCUUGGUGAUGCCCUGGAUGUUGUCACGCAAUACUUUGCGAUGACGCUUGGCUCCUCCUUUUCCCAGGCCUUUACCUCCCUUUCCACGUCCAGUCAUCUUGUUUUAGUGCAGGAGAGUCGUUCACAGAGCUACGAAACACGACGAUCUGAUGGCAUUUUUGGGAGGCCGGGGCCCUAUUUAUAGACCAGCAGCUGAAGUUCCCCUUCCAAGCAUCUAGCUACACAGAGCUUCCCCUUCUACUGCUCUUUAGAACAGCUGCGUCUCGAGAGGGCAUAAAUAUAGCCGCACGCGUACGCCUAGUAUCAUUUUCGUCUCGUCAGUCAAACGUUACGAAUCUCUGCACUGCGAUGGCGCGUACCAAGCAGACCGCUCGCAAGUCUACUGGAGGAAAGGCUCCUCGCAAACAGCUCGCCACCAAGGCCGCUCGCAAGAGCGCCCCUGCGACCGGCGGAGUGAAGAAGCCCCAUCGCUACAGGCCUGGCACCGUGGCUCUUCGCGAGAUCCGUCGCUACCAGAAGAGCACGGAGCUCCUGAUCCGCAAACUGCCCUUCCAGCGCCUUGUGCGCGAAAUCGCUCAGGACUUCAAGACCGACCUGCGAUUCCAAAGUUCAGCCGUGAUGGCCCUGCAGGAGGCUAGCGAGGCCUACCUUGUCGGUCUCUUCGAGGACACCAACCUCUGCGCCAUUCAUGCCAAGCGCGUUACCAUCAUGCCUAAGGAUAUCCAGCUGGCGAGACGUAUUCGUGGGGAACGUGCUUAAUUAAUUUCUAUUUUCUAUUAUUACCCUUUAUAACAAUCGGCCCUUUUUAGGGCCAC